AUGACGUUUAUUUCGGAUGAAGAGUUGAAUAAUGACGAAGAAAAUGUGGUACUACACACGAUGUUAAAGGAUGAUGAAAAUGUUGAAGAACCGAAGGACUCCGUGACGUUUAUUUCGGAUGAAGAGUUGAAUGAUGAGGAAGAAAAUGUAGUACUACACACGAUGUUAAGGGAUGAUGAAAAAGUUGAAGAACCGAAGGAAUUAAUGACAUUUAGUUCAAUAGAAGAAGUUUGCUCAUAUUAUAGGACGUAUGCUAAGCAAGCUGGUUUUGGUGUGAUACAACGAAGCUCGAGAAAAAAAGCUGAUAAAAAAACAUAUGCAAUUCUUAUAUGUACUCGUGGAGCCCCAGAACGAACUAGAAAAAGUGAUGUUGCGAAGCCAACUCCAGCAACUAAAAGAACUUGGUGUAGUGCCAGGAUUUGUGCGACUUUAUGUGAUGAUGGAACGAGGCUUGAGCUAAAUGAUAGAGCAGGAAUACGUACAAGUAAGAAUUUUGAAUCAUUGGUUGUUGAAAGUGGGGGGUUUGAGAGUCUUCCCUUUGGAGAGAGAGAUUGUCGAAAUUAUAUUAACAAGGCAAGAGAGCUUCGACUUGGUAAAGGAGGUGGUCAGGCACUUUGUGAUUAUUUCAGUAGAAUGCAAAAGCAAAAUAGUGGCUUCUAUUUUAUGAUGGAGAUGGAUGAUGAUUCUAGGUUGCGAAAUGUUUUUGGGCUGAUGCACGGAGUAGGAGUGAAUCAUCAUGGUCAGUCGAUACUGUUAGAGGCAGGACUAAUAUCAAGCGAGGAUACAGACACAUUUGUGUGGUUGUUUAAAUCUUGGUUGGAUUGCAUGAACGGCCGAGCCCCAAGAGCAAUUAUAACAGAUCAGGAUAGGGCUAUGAAAAAUGCAAUCGCAAUAGUUUUCCCUGAAACUCGACAUAGAUAUUGUCUAUGGCACAUUAUGAGAAAACUCCCUGAAAAGUUUGGAGCACAUGCUAAUUUUGAUGGCAUUAAGAGUGCCCUGCAAUCUUGUUUGUAUGAUUCUCAAACAAUUGAAGAAUACAAGAAAAAUUGGAAAAAUCUAUUGGAGAGCUAUGAUCUUCACGAUAAUGCACGGCUACGUGGGUUAUAUAGUGAGAGAACAUUUUGGGUGCCGGUAUACAUGAAAGAUACAUUUUGGGCGGAAAUGAAUACCACACAGCGAAGUGAAAGUAUGAAUGCAUUUUUUGAUGGUUACGUGCACUCACAGACCACAUUGAAAGAAUUUGUUGAUCAAUUUGAUAUUGCUUUAAGGCGUAUGGUCGAGAAUGAAACACAUGCUGAUUUCGAUUCUUUUAAUCGCACAAUCCCAUGUAUAAGCCCACUCCUUUUAGAGAAGCAGUUUCAAGAUGUUUACACAAAUGCAAAGUUCAAAGAAGUUCAUGAGCAGUUUGGGAAAGUUAUGACUUGUAAUAACUCUCAUCUUAAAAGUGAAGGCGCGAUUUCUACCUAUGAAGUUAUUGACUACGGUGUCGUUGUUGGAAGCCGCACGAUAGAAAAAACAUUUCUUGUUUACUUGAAUGAAGAUGAAUUGGAUGUGAAGUGCACAUGUGCAUUGUUCGAAUUAAGAGGCAUCUUAUGCACUCAUUCUAUUUCUGUGUUAAUGACAAAGAAAGUGACAGCAUUGUCAUCAAGAUAUGUUCUUGACAGAUGGAGGAAGGAUAUAAAGCGAGAGUAUUCUAUGAUUAAAAGUAGUUUUGAGGCUAUUGGUGAUAAUCCUAAUGCCCAACUACAUGACAAAAUUAGAAAUAAUUUGGAGGAAUUACUAUCGCUCACAGCAGGAAAAGUGGAACGUUGCAUGGAUGUGAUGAAAAAUAUUGAUAUGUUAAAGGAGAAAUUUCGUGAAUUAAACCUUGCGCUAAGUCACUCUUCCCAUCGCAUUUCAGCUGCUGUUGCAUCCUCUAGCUGUAAUGAAGUCGUUAAAAGUAAUGAUGAUGUGGCGUUGCAAAAUAAUCAAGUGCUUAGUCCUAUUAAGGUUAAACGUAAAGGGAAGCCACCAAAAUUGAGAAAGGUGCCCGUUAUAGAUAAAGUAGCCAAGGAAUCCAAAGCUUCUAUCGCUUCAGCAUCGACAGUGCCUCAAACAUUGGGUGGUCAUCAUGAUUCUAUUGUUUCUCAAGUAUACUUUACGUUGAAUUUGCCGGUUGAUCCAAGACAUGGGUUAUCCAUAUUGGUUCGCCAACACAAGUACGAAGAGGCUUUCACUGCAGCCCUACAAAGAUGUGAUGUGUCAAUUGUGAACUGGCUAUGCUCCCAAGUUGAUCUACGGUGGGCCUUGACUGUGGAUCCACUCCCUUUGAGCCAAGUAGUAUUGCUCCACUUGUUGCGGCAAUUAUCCUAUUGUAUUAAUUACAACCCAGCCCAAAUUGUUGCUUGGAUGACAGACGUUGCUAAUGUCAUAAUCCCAACUGACCCGACGAUUGCAUUGCAUGUGCGGCCCAUCUUCAAUGAAGUAUAUGAUAUGGUCAACCAUCAAAGUAUCUUGCCCAAAAUUACUGUUGCUGAGCGCUCAAGACCUGGUUGUGACUGUGAUAUCCGCAAUGGGAGAGGAGCAGAUUUGUGCUUGUAUGCCAUGAAAGUGAAAUGUUUUGUCUUGAAUGAGGUGGUGGUGGUGGUAUUCACAACAGUGGUUACCACGACAUUGUAUGCAGGAAUUGCCAGCAGCUGA